AUGAGAAUGCGCACAGUCCAGUCCCUACCCGUGGCAUUGUGUUCUAGGUCCGCCAUUCCUUUCUUCUCCGCACUAAUGUCAGCCUUGCACGGAACCAUGGCGACGACGCAACCCUCGUUAGAGGAUCGGCUUUUGCCUUUGGCUGCCGGUUGGCAGCGACUCUUUCUCUUGCGACACGGGGAAACCGACUGGAACGCCCAGGGCAAAAUUCAGGGCGGGGGCUUCGACAUUGCUCUCAACAGCAACGGUCAGGCCCAGGCUGUCGCAACGGCCCAGCUGUUGCGGAAGUUCUCGUUCGCCGUCGUGGCUUCGUCACCGUUGCAACGGGCCUCGGCGACGGCGGACCUUCUGUACCAAGCACUCUCCCAGUCCACUCGGCCAGCCGAGCUAACGAAUCCAUCACCGCAAAUGUGCAGAGUCGUCGACCCUGGGUUGGGAGAAAUGUGUUUUGGUGAAUUGGAGGGUCUCGUGAUCCGGGGACCACAUCCUUGCUCCGCCUCAGUGACGAAGACUACGACGAGCUAA